UAUAACAACACCGCGUCUAGUAACUUCAUCCCCAACUAACUAAAAUUUCCCGCCAAAAAAGGUCACAAUAAAACAAAACGCAAGGCAUAACAAGCGUGACUGAGUGAGCGAGAGUGUUCUUACUUCUUCUUACAACAAACAAACCUAAUGAAGAACGGAAAACGAACCGCUCUUUCAGAUCUCACCAAUUCAAGCCAUCUUUCAUCUUCAUCCGUUUCUUCAUCAGCCACCAUUGAACCAAUCAAGAAAAACCAAAUCAACAUUCGGAAAAUCUGCUUAACUCCGCUUCACGAUGUUAAGCCAUCAACCGUUCAUCAUCGCACAAAGAACCAAAACAACACUGUAGCUCUUCCCACGACGUUAACAGUUCGAUGUAAAAAGAAGCAACGUGUUGUGUCGAACGAACAAGAGGAACUGGAGGAUUACAUUGAGAAGCAGAAGGCGUAUUUUAAACAGAUUGAUGAAUAUGAACUCGAAGAAGAGGAGGUUGAAGAAUUUACUGAUGAGUGAUGUAGUAUUUGAGUAAUUGAAGUUAAUACGUUAAUGUAGUUAAUUGCUGAUGUUGAUAUAUAUAGUCUUCCGAAUUCGAGAUUUCUUAAUAG